GAUGCUGCCGAUGGCGAGGAUGGGAAGAAAAGCCGGGGUAAGAAGUACGGCUCCAACGUUCAUCGCAUCAAGAACAUGUUCCUGCAGAUGGGGACAACGCCGGGCCCCGAGGGCGCCUGCGACCUGGCCAAAGCCAAGGAGAAGCCGGUGCGGCUCUCCUUGCCGCGGGCCGGUAGCCUCAGCGAGACCAUGGAACAAGGCAACCUUCUCAAACUGGGCACCAGCGUUUCCGAGAGGGUGAGCCGCUUUGAUUCCAAACCUGACAAACCCUUCUCCAAGCUGCAGGAGACGCGAAAGAUCUUUGAGAGGAGCCCUCAAGAAAAAGCCACCACCACCAAGCUCUUGUUACGCAAGGAACGAGCCGGUUUCCAGGACCGUAAGCUGGACGUGGUGGUGAGGUUCAACGGGAGCACCGAAUCUUUGGACAAAUUGGACACCGAAGCCGUCUCGCCAACCGUCAGCCAACUCAGCGCCGUCUUCGAGAAGGCCGACCUCCGCAACAACCUCCAUAAGGCUCCGGGACGGGCAGGACGGUUGGGUGAUGGCCACGCCGCCCCGGCUCGUGCCCGGCCGUCGGAGGAGGAGAAACCAACGGGGAAGAGCAACCGGCCAACGGAGAAGGAGCCCACCGCCCCGCGGGUGCAGGAGGUCUGUAAGAUCAAACCGGUGGAGGUGGAGGAGAGCGGUGAGGCCGAGGAGGAAGAGGAGGAGGCGACGGUGGUGGCGGCG